AUGCAGCAAUUUUGCCAACAAAAGAUAAAACUUUUAUCGAUAUCAUUAGUUCCAUUAACAAUCACCUCAGUUAUAAAUGGAGCACAUCCGAUUACAGAUCUUUGUCUAGGAAUAAUCCUACCAAUUCAUUGUCAUAUUGGAUUUGAUGCAAUUAUUACAGAUUAUUUUCCAGUUCGUAGAUCACCAAAACUUAACAAAUUAUUUACUUGGGGAUUAAGAGGUGCUACGUUGUUGGUGCUUAUAGGUUGUUACAAGAUUAAUACAGUUGAUGUGGGAAUGACUGAAAUCGUGAAAAGAGUUUGGCAUGCUUAA